CACUAUCCCCUGCAGCAUCCGGGUCCCAAACUCCAUCCGCGCGGAGAGAGGUGUUCUGAGCGCGAGGCUCCGUUAGCCCCCCCUCGGGAAAACAACAAAAAAACGGAGCCAGAAGUGCUCCACCGCUCAGCUGCGGACUGCCUUAACGGGCUCAUGUGAUGCAUUUCAUAUGUUUAUAUAUAUAUUUUUCGUAAUCGAUUUCUGGCAGUUUUGAUGUUAGUUUGCUUGCUAAUUCACUAGCCAUCGAUUGAUGGGUGUUUUGACUGUGGACGCUGGUUUAUAGUAUUUGCUAUCUGGCCCAGCUUAAGGCUCUUAACCGCGGCUUUGGCGCCUCUGAGUUUCUUCCUCCAGCAAAGACCACGAAGAAGCUGGAGCAAAAUAAGAAGAAUGGGUGCGUUCUUAGACAAGCCAAAGAUGGAGAAGCACAAUGCUCACGGGGAGGGGAACAGCCUGCGCUACGGACUCAGCAGCAUGCAGGGCUGGCGUGUGGAGAUGGAGGACGCACACACAGCUGUGAUAGGGCUGCCUUACAGCCUCAGCCUGUGGUCUUUCUUUGCCGUCUACGAUGGACAUGCAGGCUCUCAGGUUGCUCGUUACUGCUGUGAGCAUCUGCUGGAACACAUCACCAGCAACCCGGACUUCAGGGCAGGCUGCUCAGGGGGUGUGGACUCAAUUAAUGCUGAGCCCUCCGUGGAGAGUGUGAAAUGUGGAAUCCGCACAGGUUUCCUGCAGAUCGACGAGCACAUGCGGGCCAUGUCCGAGCGCAAACACGGGGCGGACCGCAGUGGAUCCACGGCGGUGGGUGUGAUGAUUUCCCCUCAUCAUUUUUAUUUCAUCAAUUGUGGGGACUCCAGAGCCUUGCUGAGCCGCAAGGGUCGCGUUCACUUCUUCACCCAGGACCACAAGCCCAGUAACCCCCUGGAAAAGGAGAGAAUCCAGAACGCAGGUGGUUCUGUUAUGAUCCAGAGGGUCAACGGCUCCCUCGCUGUCUCCCGUGCUCUUGGCGACUUCGACUACAAGUGCGUUCAUGGGAAAGGCCCCACUGAGCAGCUGGUGUCCCCGGAGCCAGAAGUGUAUGAGAUCGAACGCUCUGAGGCUGAGGAUGAAUUUGUGGUGCUGGCCUGUGAUGGCAUUUGGGACGUCAUGGCCAACGAAGAACUGUGUGAUUUUGUGCGUUCACGCUUGGAAGUGACAGAGGACCUGGAGAGAGUGUGUAAUGAGAUUGUGGAUACAUGUUUGUACAAGGGUAGCCGAGACAACAUGAGUGUGGUGCUGAUAUGUUUUCCUGGUGCCCCAAAAAUCAACCCAGAAACCGUGAAGCGAGAGGUGGAGUUAGAUAAGUACCUGCAGAACAGAGAGGGUGGAGCAUGUAAAAAAACGAGUAAAUAAAAUAUAUUAUUAAGGAUGAGAGAGAGUUAUAGAAAGUGAGCAUUCUUAUGAGAGUUUCUUAGAUGGCAGUUUACACUUGCCAAUGAAGUAUACGUUACAGUUAAUGAAAAAUGUCCAAUUAACGAAUCCCCAUAUUGGAGAGGAAAGACUCAUUGGUACUGUAUUAGCAGUUAGGUUAGGCCUAUUCGGGAACAAAUUUAACCAGAGAGAAAUACCACAGUGUGAAUUUAUUUGAGCUUAUAUUGAUAUUUAGAGGCCUUUAAUUAUUUAUUGCCAGUAUUGAAAAGAACUUACACAAUUUAGAGGUAACCUGUAGCUUUACCAGAGGUUUUAUUGUAGUGCAUCUGAGAAUCCUCUCCUCCAGCACAUAUAACUUAGUGUAUUAUUAGCUACUAAGUGAUGGUGAGUAAGUGCAAUUGUAGAUUAGGAAAAAGGAAUGAUGAAAACCCAACAUUUGGCUCUGCACUUUUUCAUUAAACGCUGCUAAACUUUAA